AAUGAAAGCCAUAAUACGAAAAUGAUCGGGAUUUCCCUGAUAAUAUCAAUAAAAACGGAAAUGCUUUCAUGCCGGUCAAUUUAUUUUACUGCAGUACUGUGUAAGUCGUCAUGUGGUUAUAUAAAUAUUGCGCGUCGUAAUGCUUACAGAUUAAUCAAAUAAAAUCAGUAUUGAAGUAUGGAUUUGCGGGAAUGGAUAUGUUUUUAUCUAGCCUUGUUUUUGUCGAUGAACUCUGUUGUGGCAGCGAGUGCUGCUUUAGGUUGUGUGGAGCCGGAAAACGCUACGGCCAUUAUUGACUCUCUGAAAGAUAGACUAGAGGGGACAUUUAUGGCCUCUCUGGAACACGUCGCCCUUAAUGUGCCGCCAAGGUUACAUACACCGCUUGGCCGAGAUUCACAGGACACCGGUUUAGCGUUACGCUACCAGGCGACGUUAGCAGGGGAACGUGGCUGUCACCAACGCUCGCGACGCCAAAACGAGAUUAGCGACCUUUCCUCUUGCCCUUGGUACUUUGUAAUGGAUUUUGAUCCCGAUCGGAUACCGUCUACUCUGGCGAGAGCCAAAUGCUCCUGCGUUAAAUGUCUGUCGGCGUCGACUGUGGAAGACGAAGUACCAUUUAAAAUAUUUCAACGCAGGGGUCGCUGUAGGGCUGUUAACAGUUAUUUACCAGUGAUACGGAAGUAUUGCAUCCAAGGUGAAUAUAAAUAUAAUAUCGUGCAAGAACAACUCACUGUUGGUUGUACAUGUUUCACUUAGCAUAGUUACGUUGUAGCUGUUCUGCUAUAAUAAACGGUACAAGAAGACAAUGAUGGACAUAUCUUAAUACUCGCUACUCACAAAUACUCGUAUACAUGAAUACUUUGUUUACCGCUCUAUCAUAACAAAUGCAAAUGUGUGAAUCAUACCGAUGUGUGUAUUUAAACAUUUAUUAAUCGUCUUAAUUUGCAUUGUAUGAAAUAUUUUUAGACCUAAUACAGGUAGAAACGUUUGUACUGUAUUCUGUGUUUUUGCUAUUAAACACUUCACGUUACAUGCCUUAAUAACAUGCAUGGCUCCUUGCACAUGUUGAUGUUCUCUAUGUUAAAAAGGCAAAUAUAUAAUUUUAUUGAA